ACUGUUAGAAAAUCUACCAAAGAAUACCCUGAUUUAAUACCAAAAGAUAAUGCACGCAAAUGGAUUACCAACAAUGAUAAUAAAACUUAUAAUUUGUGCCAUUUUUGGAGCAAUUUUGAAAUUGGAGACUUAAGUUUUUGGAGAAGCAAAAAGUAUUUGAAAUUCUUUGAAUAUUUGGAUAAUGCCUGUAGAUUAUUUUACAAGAG